AUGAAGUUUGGAAUUUGCCCGAGUGGUGACCAACUCUUCCCCAAGGACGUUGGCCGAAGCGUUGGAGGCGAUCAGAAAAAUCAAGCUUUCGAAGAUAUGAAAUUGCGAUUGAAUAAAGUGUCCAAGAAAUCGGAAGAAGAAAAUAACGAAUUGAAGAAUCUGCGAGAGGCCAAUGAUUUUGAAAUUGUCCUUGUCAAACGGAUCAAGGACCUGGAGGCAAGAAAGGGUCCGAUCUCCUCCGAAGAUGCCCCAACCUUGGAGGAUAUUGUCGACAGCGUCAUCGACAACAAGGAGCUCAUCGUGAAGCGCCACCACAAUCCAAUUCGAGAUGAGGAGAACGACUUCAAGACAGCUGUAGAGAAUUGGAAGAACUGGAAUGGAAGAUUCGAGACUGUGGAAGCAGUUGAUUUGAGAUUAUUCCUCUUCAAUCCGGACAACACCCAGGCUCGAUUCCCGCAAACUGUGAAGAAGGCGACAAAAAACAUGGAUUUGUUCAAAAUUAUGUUCCGCCAUUCCAACCCACAUUCCCGCGUGAAUCCAAACGAAGUGUGGAACCAAGUCAACCACAAAAGCGAAUGGUCCCGCAAAUGUGCUAAAGUGAAGGAGUUGCAGAAGUUCCAAGAGGCGAAACGAUGGAUCCUCCCGCAAACGCUUUACAAGAUCAAGAAGGAACCUGCUCAUUAA